AUAAUAAUAACUGUUUUUUUUGUGUGUAAUUAAUUAAACAAAUUAAAUAAAACUAUGACUGGAGACACCAAUACUGUCGCUAAUGGGACGGCCAGUCAGCCGUCGGCAGCGGCGGCGGCGGCGGCUUCGGCGUCGGUGUCGGCGACCCUAAUGAGGACAUCGGCGGAGAAACUAAAAUAUCCGGAAAUGGAUUACUUUAUGAACGAAUGGGACAGCGAUGUACUGUUCAUUAUCGGCGACCAACGGGUGCCGGCCAUCAAACAUAUACUCAGCUUCAAAAGCCCAGUAUUUCGGGCCAUGUUUUCGGAAAAUUUUCGUGAAUACAGGGAACAGGAGAUCGUCUUAGAAGACACUACUGGCGAUGCUUUUCGUGUAAUGAUUACCUAUUUGUAUAGCGAACGUCUGGUACUGAUGCCCGACCCCGAGGACAUGGAUCUCAUCCAACAAGUACUCCGAUUGGCCGAUAAAUAUCAACUGUUACGGCUGAUGGACGCUUGCGGCCGUCAUCUCCGAUCGCGUAUAACUCGGGCCAAUGUCGAACAGAUUGCCCGAUUCGGCUACGAGUAUGGAUUAGCUGAUGAAUUGAUACCCGAAGUCAAACGUUUUUUGAAUGAAAAUUUCGGUUAUUUUAUGUCCGGUACGGCCACUGUUGGCCAGUCGUCGUUGAACAGGUUGAACGAUAUUAUGCGUAACGACUUACUUGAACUGGUUGUCAAUAAUUGGCGUAAAACUAGAGAUUAUCUAAGGAAUAGGAUACCCGAUAAUACCGGUUUGGUUGGUGCUGGCGGUGUGGUUGACCCGCCCCGUGCUAUACAACUAAAUGGCUGUCACUAUACCUACCAGUCUGGUCAGUAUAAACGGGAACUGGAUUUCAAUAAUAUGAACUAA